GAGAUCAUGACUUCUGUCAAAGAGCAGGAAGCCAUCAGGAGGCUCAUGGUUUUCUUGCAGGAAUGGGAUAGUGCCCACAAAGUUGCACGAAGCCACAUCCUGGACAACUUCAUUAAAAGCAAUUACAGCAAGACAGAACCAGAACUGGAGCUGGAGUUCUCCCAGGGAGCCAGCUUGUUUCUGGCUCGCCUAGCAGCAUGGCUCAGGAUGACCUACACAUACAGCACAUGCCUCAGCAAGCUGCUCAAGUCCAUUGGCAUCUUCCUAUCAGCUGCAAGCGGACACAGAUACCUUAUCGAAUUCCUGGAGAUUGGAGGUGUCUUGAUUCUCCUGGAAAUACUAGGACUGAACCACCAGAAAGAAGAGGACAAGAGGGAGUCUGUAAAGCUGCUGCAGCUCAUCGCAGAUGCUGGCAGGAAGUAUAAGGAGCUCAUCUGUGAAAGCUAUGGGGUGCAAUCACUUGCCAAGUUCUUGGCCACUUCCAACUCAGCAGAGGCUCAAGAUGACACGCAGAUUCUGCUGGAGUCUUUGGGCCACAGCAAUCCCAAGUACCAGAACCAAGUCUACAAAGGCCUCAUUGCUGUGCUGUCAUGCGCCUCCCCCCGAGCCCAGCAGCUGGCUCUGCAGACACUGCGGGUCAUGCAGGACAUGGUGGGAGAGGCGCCCACAGCCGUGGUGGAGCCAGUGCUGGACAUGCUGCGCUCUACGCACCUGCAGGUCCAGUAUGAAG